GUACCUGGUGGUACUCUACCGAGUCAAACGGCUGCUUUGAGACUACCAGCUGUCGAAGUGUCAAGCUAAGAAAUGUCAAAAGUAAAUAUUGACUUGUGAUUGAUUUCACCUGGGAUUUGUGAAUUAUUUAGUGACCGUACGGGCCGCAUAGCUGGAUCAGUUAUCAACUUCCCCCGAGUCACUGCGCUACGGUACGGUUCCCGUCACCACCCUUACUUGCUCGCAAAACACCAACCGGCCCCUACGACAACAACCCUUCAAUCGCUACAAAACUACAGACCUGUCCCCUCGUUACCCGUCUCCCUGUUACAUCGCAACCCAAAUCUGCAAAAUGUCUACCGCAGCACGUCGUCGUCUCAUGCGAGAUUUCAAGGUUGGUGGCAAUCUCCCCUCCACAAAGAGGGGCACACGAUCUCUAUACCGUUACUGAUCAUCCUUCAAGCGCAUGCAAACAGAUCCUCCUGCUGGAGUCUCUGCUUCCCCCGUAGCCGAUAAUGUCAUGACCUGGUAAGAGAGAAAUACUGCUCCUUUCCCACUCUUGCGUGCUAACACUUCUCAAGGAACGCUGUGAUCAUCGGCCCAGCAGACACCCCAUUUGAAGAUGGCACAUUCCGACUGGUGAUGCAUUUUGAAGAGCAAUACCCAAACAAACCUCCGGCGGUCAAGUUCAUCAGUCAGAUGUUCCAUCCAAACGUAUAUGCCACGGGAGAGUUGUGUUUAGAUAUCCUCCAAAACCGCUGGAGUCCCACCUACGAUGUGGCGGCCGUCUUGACCAGCAUCCAGAGGUAUGCACAAGGACAACGCAUUCGAACAUGCAUCUAUUAAUCAUUUUAAACAGUCUUCUCAACGAUCCCAACACCAGCUCGCCGGCUAAUGUCGAAGCAUCGAAUCUCUACAAAGACAACAAACGGGAAUAUACUAAACGAGUCCGAGAAUCGGUGGAGAAGAGCUGGGACGACUGAGAGAGAUGAGGAAUGUUUGACGGCAGGAAGGGGAGAGUGUGUCUACAUGCAUUACAUGAACCUUUCUGGUUCUGGCGUUUCCGGUAUAUUUUGUACAGCCAUGGUCGUUUUUCCAAAUCUGGGUCGGUUAUUGCGUUCUGGGAGUCUCACGGCUGGCAGAUGGGUCUGUCCGACAGUCAUA